GCGCGACGGUGGUAAGAGGGAGGAGACUGCGGCUGCGGCAGCGGCUUCUGGGAUCCCGAUGUGGCAGAGGGGCCGUCACCGCCAACAAGGAGGUGGAGGGCCCGCGAGCCCGGUGUUGGAGACACUGCUGCCAUCCUUUUCUCCUGGCCUGCUGUCCUCCUAGACACGCUCGUCGCCUAAGGAUCCUCCCCUCCCAGCUCUUGCAAACUCCGAACUCGUCGCCUGCUGAUUCUCUUUCACCACGGGUUCACAGCGGAGGCAGCAGUGAGGUGUCCGAUUUGGACACGUGAGGCCUGCGAUCCCCGGAAUUGGGGAGCAAAAUGGAGAUGACCAGGAAGAGAUACGAAGGAGAGGUGAACAACAAGCAGAAGCCAUGGGGAUGGGAGGCAAAACAGAUGAAGAGCAGACGACAAUGAGCAGGGGAAAAGGAGACUAUCCUCUUCCUCCCCCUGCAGGUAUGAAGACCCCUCACAAAAAGGCAGCUGCAGGGCAGCAAACCAGGGAAAUUGUCGAUGGCCACAAAGGGUCUGAAAGUAUGAGGAAGAAAAAGACUUCUCAAAAGAAGCAGAGAGGCAGACCUUCCUCCCAGCCCCGCAGGAAAAUCGUGGGCUGCAGAAUUUCACACGGAUGGAAGGAAGGCAAUGAGAGCAUCACCCAGUGGAAAGGAACCGUUCUGGAUCAGGUGCCUAUAAAUCCUUCUCUUUAUCUGGUGAAAUAUGAUGGAAUUGACUGUGUCUACGGACUGGAACUUCACAGAGAUGAAAGGAUUUUAAAGCUUAAAAUCCUUCCUGAUAAGGUGCCAUUAUCUCGACUCAGAGAUGUGCACCUUGCAAACACCAUAAUUGGUAAAGCUGUGGAACAUAUGUUUGAGGGUGAGCAUGGUUCUAAGGAUGAAUGGAGAGGAAUGGUCUUGGCCCAAGCACCUAUCAUGAAAGCCUGGUUUUAUAUUACCUAUGAGAAAGAUCCUGUCUUGUACAUGUACCAGCUUCUAGAUGAUUAUAAAGAAGGAGACCUCCGUAUCAUGCCAGAGUCCGGUGAGUCUCCUCCAGCAGAGAGGGAGCCAGGAGGAGUUGUAGAUGGCCUGAUAGGUAAACAUGUGGAAUAUACCAAAGAAGAUGGCUCCAAACGGAUCGGCAUGGUCAUUCACCAAGUGGAAGCCAAACCCUCUGUGUAUUUCAUCAAGUUUGAUGAUGAUUUCCAUAUCUAUGUCUAUGAUUUGGUGAAAAAGUCCUAACUGUUAGGGUAAACUUUGCCACAUUUGUGAAAACAAAUGUGUACUUUGUAGACAUGCAAAAUAAUGUUACUUUUCAGUGUAUUGAAAGCUUUAGGGUCCCUGUUAAUCUGACAUCUUUGCCAGCAUAACUGUUGUUUUGUCCUGAAAAAUACAAAUU